AGAUUGCCGUCUCCUUAUGUAUAAUUAUCCACGGUAUAUUUGCGGUUUCUCAAUUCUAACAACACACAAAUGCGCACACGGCAGGCAGAAGAAGGCCCAAUAAACAAAGGAAGAAGGCCAUCCAUCACCCCUACCACUCUCUUCCAAUCCAUCCAUCCAUCCAUCCAUCCAUCCAUCUAUUUUGCAUUAUAACUCCUACCCACGUUGUUGUUCUUUCAUAUGUGGCAUCCGUGUCGACCGGUUUGCGCGUUGAAACAGGUGCAUACUAUUCCAAUACCUUCUCCCUCUUGUAAAUCCAAACCAAAAGGAAAACCCGAUACACAAACAAAUAAGGCAGCUCAACUGCAGCUAAGGGAUUGAUUGCCCAAUUGGACCCAGCAUCGACUAACAACGAUCCUCCCUCUAUUUCAUCAUCAAUUUCCCCCCUUUUGCCCACCCUCACAACUACCUUCUUUCCUUUCUCAGUUUUACUGGUAAUGGGAUCCUUCCCCUUUUCCUUAAAUCGUUCUAAAUUCAGUCUGGAGAGGGUAUAUACCGUUCUGGGUCUGGUUGUUUUGUUGGAUUCCUUGACCUUGACAGCUUAAAGUUUGCGCCUUUUUUCAGUUCUCGGAGCGGUUGGUUGGGGAAGUUUGAAGCUGUUGUUGUUGGUCGAGACAGAUCAUGUUGAUUUCUACUGUUGAAUUUCGUUUGUGAGGAAGAGCGAGAUAAGACCAUUGAUCUGGGCAAUUUUGAUUAAGCUGAUUUCUGAAGCUGACGUCUAGAUUUGGAAGAAAAAUGGGGUGUAUUGCUUCGAAGGAAGGUAGCCCUAGGGAGAGGUUGUCAUCGCGUAGGGGAGUGUCCUUCGAUAGGCGAGUUGCCCAUGUGAAUACAUCGGGAGGAAGGGAUGAAGGGAGUCGAUCAAGGAGUAUAUCAGACAGUGGUGAAGUUAAGGUCAUGUUGAUUGAGAAGAAGAAUCAUGGUUCCAGUAGGUACCAUAGUGAUCAGAUGGUGGAGUUAAGGUCGAAAGAUUAUCAAAUCGAGAAAAAAAUGGUGCCGAGACGUGAGGUUUCUGCUGCUGUUGCUACAACUUAUUCCAAGAGUGAGAGAAGGUCUGAGAUUACGGAUUUUAGCGAUCCUGCUUGGGGGAGGGUGCCAAAGAAUUUGGAGGCUGAGCAGGUUGCCGCUGGAUGGCCUGCCUGGCUUGUCUCAGUUGCUGGUGAAUCGAUCAAAGGUUGGGUUCCCCGGAAGGCGAAUUCAUUCGAGAAGUUGGAUAGAAUUGGACAAGGAACUUACAGCAGCGUCUACAAGGCACGUGAUGUCACUCACGAUAAGAUUGUUGCUCUUAAGAAAGUUCGGUUUGAUAAUAGUGAUCCAGAUAGUGUCAAAUUUAUGGCGCGUGAGAUUCUUAUCUUGCGCACGCUGGAUCAUCCUAAUGUUAUAAAGCUAGAAGGCCUGAUAACAUCACCAACAUCUUCAACAUUGUACCUUAUUUUUGAGUACAUGGAACACGACCUCACAGGAAUUGCUUCAAUACCAGGACUCAAGUUCACUGAACCUCAGAUAAAAUGUUACAUGAAGCAACUUUUGAGUGGACUUGAUCACUGUCAUAGCCGUGGUGUUCUGCAUCGUGAUAUCAAGGGUUCGAAUCUUCUGAUUGAUAACAGUGGCAUCCUAAAAAUUGCUGACUUUGGCUUGGCGAGUUUCUUUGACCCUAAGAGCAGUGCUGCAUUGACCAGCCGUGUUGUUACUCUUUGGUAUAGAGCUCCAGAACUUUUACUCGGGGCCUGCAACUAUGGAGUUGCUGUAGAUUUAUGGAGCACUGGGUGCAUACUUGGUGAAUUAUAUUCUGGAAAACCUAUCUUACCUGGAAGGACAGAGGUUGAGCAACUGCAUAAAAUCUUCAAGCUAUGUGGCUCACCAUCUGAUGAUUAUUGGAAGAAAUCAAAACUUCAUCAUUCUUCAGUAAUAAAGCCCCAACGUCCAUACAAACGAUGUGUUGGAGAAACAUUCAAGGAAUUUCCUGCUCCUGCUCUUGCGCUUUUAGAGACCUUACUGUCCGUUGAUCCUGUUCAGAGAGGGAAUGCCGCUCUAGUCCUGGAGAGUGAGUAUUUUGCGACAAGACCACUUGCUUGUGAUCCUUCAAGUUUACCCAAGUAUCCUCCCAGCAAAGAAAUUGAUGCUAAAAAGCGUGACGAGGAAGCUAGAAGUAUUUACUUUUGUAGACAAAGGCAAGCUGCCAUUAAGGGGAACGGACCAAAUGAAUCAAUGUCUAACAAGGGGCCUACUGGCAAUGCAGAUGUAUCCUCAACACAGAUUAGUCGUCAUUCCUAUUCGAAAGGCGAAAUGUCCCACUCAAUCAAGGACAAAAAUUUCUCUGGCCUCCUUGUCCAUCCCUCUAAGCAAAUUCAACCUGGAAAUGAAGGAAGACGGAGUUACAUGGAAAGCCAACGUCCGAAAGUUUCACAUUCUGGGCCGUUGGUCCAUGGUGGCUGGACCAAGUCUGGUCGAGAUCAUCAUGACAACAAUCAUCAUGGGGCAUCAGCUAGAAGCACCAACAUCUCAACAAUGUCUGGUCUAGUUGCUUCCAGGGCUGCAUUGCCUGAAGACCGCAUGGGAAAACCCAGUACUUCGCAGCCUGAUUCAGUAAAGCAAGGAGGAAGUAGGGCCCAUGGUUCACUAAACAGGUCAGACUACCCGAGAAUGGAAGACCGAAGUUUUCCAUCUCAAAGGGGAACAGAUUCUUCUUCUCAGGCUGGAAGUGGGCAACAACCGGGUAGUCGGGACCCUGGCCUGCAUAUUCGGGGGGCCAAGGGGAACAAGAUAUAUGUAUCUGGUCCGUUACUCGUACCAUCGAACAACGUGGAGCAAAUGCUGAAAGAGCACGAUCGUCAAAUACAAGAAUUUGCUAGAAGACGGCUUGACAAGGCAAAGCUCGGAAAAGGAGGUGUUCCUGUGAGGUAAUAGAACCUUCAGGAAAAUGUGGCAAUCAGUGGGGCAACGAGGCUUGAAGAAGAAAAGCUAACUUGAUUCAUGGAAGAGCUUGUUAGUAGCAGCUCUCAGUACCUCUCCUCUUUGUACAGUAGAGUGUUUUAAACAUCUUUUCUUCCCUUCCCUCUCUGCUUCAGUACACUAUGGUGCAGAUGGCAACAAUGACUGCCUAUGCAGAAGGAUUUAUCUCUUUUUUAAACAUUGAGAAGUGCCAAUUCUUAGUUGUCCGCUUACUGUGGGCGGUUGGUAACCGGUGUGUGGCUUCCUUCCUCCAUUAGCCCCUGGUUCAUAGAUUUGGCGAGAGUGAAGAAAAAGAGAAAUCUAUACUUGUAUUGUUUACAGAAGAGUUUUAGGAGAAGAAUCAAAACCAAGGUUUGAUUUAUGAUGAUGUAUUUUGUGUAGACCAGAUAUAUUUAUUUCUGCCCUGGUGGUGUACUGGUGUAUACAAGUUUCUUUCCCAUUUGCAAGCUUAACAGCUCCAAGAAUGAUGAUUCAGAGUAA